AUGGCUAAACCGCCAAGUCAAACCUACGUCGAGAUCAACAAGUACUGGGAUCGUAUUUCCAAGAUCAUCAUCUGUCUUGUUGACGCAGGCCUUAACUGGUACUUCAUUCAUGUCGUCGAUGCUCGCUUGGUCAAGCAACACGGUUUGCGCAAGUACAAGCCGUUGAUCGGAUAUUACACUCGUCUUGGAGUCUUAUCCAUCUGCAUGGACGUCAUGCUUCUCGGUCUGAUGGCACUUCCCAACCAGGUGGUCUACAUCCAGUUCCACCCCGUUGCAUACAUGAGUAUGGCCGACCUCAUCGUCAAGGUCGCAACCACAUCUGAGAUUGAUGUCCGCCCAAACACAACGUCUGGAACCCCCUUCCCUGACAGCAGAUCGUAUCCUCAGCGUACCUUCAACGACCGCGACACUGUCAACGGAGCCAAGAACACCGCGCAUAUCGGCCACACACAAGGCAACAACACCAAUAGAGAAGACGUCAAAGGCAUUCAGAGACAGACAGAAGUCCAGAUCUUCGUUGGAGAUUCGGACAGCGACAUCCAGAACGACGGUCUGGAUAAGAUCUCAUCGAGGACAUCUGCGGAGAACGACUACAUCAAUCAUGGUGCGCCGCAAUACAACUCCAACAACCCUUUCAACAAGGUCCACAAUCAAAACCGUCGAUCCGAUGAAUCACAGAUUCCUUUGAAAGAUCUUACCAGAGCUGGCGAAGCAGUAUAA